ACCGCGCGUCACCGUCGCCCGGGGUGCCCUCGGCGUCUCCGCGUCGCCGCGCGCGGACCCAUCCUGCGGAGACGCGUUCCGGGGGCGCGGGGCCGGCGGGAACCUCCCGACCAUCCGUAAACUCUUCCUCGAGUUUCGUUUCCGCCAGCCAUUGAGGGGAUGCGGGUACCUGUUUGGGGCGCCGGCGCCUGCGCCCGCCCGCGCGCGCGCGCUCUCUCCCUCUCCCUGCAAAAAUUGGAUCUCUAGGUCCCCACACCGAGGUGCACAGACGCCAAACAGUGAUGAAAUGAGAAGAAAGCCAAUUGCCGGACUGGAGGUGGGGGAGAGAUAGCGUCUCUGCGUGCGCCCGCCGCCGAUCCGGGCGCCCUAAUUGCUGUAGACAGGGAGCGCGGGGGGCUGGGCCGAGGUAGCGGUGUAUAAAUAGUGAGAUCUCAAGUUGAAAGGCAUAAAUAACACCAGAAGGGAUCUACCCUCACACGGACAGUCCUCUCCGCGCGGGGAGGCGUGCGGACCUCAGCCCGGCUCCCGGCCAGCCCCGCCGCGCCCCCCGCGGACCCCGCAGCCCCCCGGGCAGCCAUGGAGGAACUCACGGCUUUUGUAUCCAAAUCUUUUGACCAGAAAAGCAAGGAGGGCGGCGGCGGCGGCGGCGGCGGCGGUGGCGGCAAGAAGGAUUCGAUCACGUACAGGGAAGUUUUGGAAAGCGGACUAGCGCGCUCCCGGGAGCUGGGGAGCUCGGAGUCCAGCCUCCAGGACCUUACGGAGGGCAGCGGCCACUGCCCGGUGCAUCUGUUUAAGGACCACGUGGACAGCGACAAGGACAAACUGAAAGAGUUCGGCACGGGGAGGGCUGCGGAAGGCAUCUACGAGUGCAAGGACAAGCGCGAGGACGUCAAGUCCGAGGACGAGGACGGGCAGACGAAGCUCAAGCAGAGGCGCAGCCGCACCAACUUCACGCUGGAGCAGCUCAACGAGCUGGAGAGGCUGUUCGACGAGACCCACUACCCCGACGCCUUCAUGCGCGAGGAGCUCAGCCAGCGCCUGGGGCUCUCGGAGGCGCGCGUGCAGGUUUGGUUCCAGAACCGGAGAGCUAAGUGCCGGAAGCAAGAGAACCAGAUGCAUAAAGGCGUUAUCCUGGGCACCGCCAGCCACCUGGACGCCUGCAGGGUGGCCCCCUACGUGAACAUGGGCGCCCUCCGAAUGCCUUUCCAACAGGUUCAGGCACAGCUCCAGCUGGAAGGCGUCGCGCACGCGCACCCGCACCUGCACCCGCACCUGGCCGCGCACGCGCCCUACCUGAUGUUCCCGCCGCCGCCCUUCGGGCUGCCCAUCGCGUCCCUGGCCGAGUCGGCCUCCGCCGCCGCCGUCGUGGCCGCCGCCGCCAAAAGCAACAGCAAAAACUCCAGCAUCGCCGACCUGCGGCUCAAGGCGCGGAAGCACGCCGAGGCCCUGGGGCUCUGACCCACCGCCCGCGGCGCGCCCGGCCCCGGCCCCACGACCCCGCCCACGCUGCGUCCCGCACGCGCCCCCUCCGCGCCCCCCGAAGGUUCGCACGGACGCCCUGCAGCGAGCGCGCGGGCCCUGGGGCAGCGGCCUCCCCGCUCGGGGCAGCCCGGGGUGGGGCCCACCACUGGCCUAGGGAGGGGGCCUUCCGGGGCCCUCACGACCCCGCCAGACCCUCGCAGAGACCGUGCGGAAGAACGCAGGUGACGCUCAGACCACCCAGCCCUUUGCCGCGCUGUCUGCACUUCCUGGGACCCUGCGCCAUCGGGAGCCCCUGUGUGCCCCUGUGCGCCCCGCGCGCUCCUGUGCGCCCCCGUGCGCUCCCGUGCGCCCCUGUGCGCCCCUGUGCUGCCGGCGGCGUUCCUACCCUGUGCAUGUGGCUUCCUACUCGCCUUUGGAAGAUCUUAGAGUCUAUUAAACAAAAGAUCUGGGGCUGGUCUCCGCUGAAGAUACCAACACUUUUAUUCACUGCCACGAACUUGCUUUUUCGUCUGAGGAGGUUCAGGACGGGUAUGGAUUUCAAUGUGGACUUUCGCCUGCCAGGCAGGGGCCAUACUCUGCAGCAAUAAGGAACCGCGUCUGAGGACCUCCACAAGGUGGGGUGGGGGUGGGGGAGACCUGGUUCUCCCAGGUUGGGACCGUUUUUUUUGGGGAGGGGGAGGGGGUUGAACCUGAAUGACGAGCACGGUCUUCACGCACAUGUUUGGCCCCAAAGCACCGAGUUUAGGAUUCCUUGUGCCAUACUACAGGCGACUUUAUAACUUUUCCAGCAUUUGAUUCCCGAAUUGAUGAUUUUUUUUUUUUUUUUUUUUUUUUUUGCUGUUUUACAGAAUUCAGACGCAAAUAACUUGCAUAGAGACACAGGGGCGGGUGGUUUUAAGGUAUGAUACUGAUGCAGCAUUAACUUUGGUGAAAUGCAGUUAAGUGCAAUACUGUAAAUAUUAUAGAUUUAAAAAAAAAAUAGCCGUGCACUCUUGACCCCGUCAGCUUCGGAAUUCCAAGGGCAUUACCCUCCUCCUGCAUGCUGCGGCCCGGCCAACUGGGGGCCCAUCGCCAAACCCGAGGCGGGGGGGGGGGGGGGGGGUGUCUGGCGUGGGCCGAGCAAGACCGGGGGCCUGUCAGGAUGUGACGCUGCUGGCUGAGCUGUUUCUGAGAAGGGAAGAGUGGGUGACGUCCUCCGGGCAGCGAGUUUGAAGACAGUGUUUUGUAGCCGAGGUCCCAGGUUUUACUUCUCCUCUUUUCUUUUUUGUUUCUCCCUGAGUCCCCCCCAGGCCCCCCUCCCGGCCGCGUUGUGUAAGCACCACACGGCGACUUAGUUGAGCAGGUGGCAUGGGAUAGGAAAGUCGCUUGAAAUGGUGUAGCCACAGGGUUCGGGGUCCCCAGCGAUGCACCUGAGUUUCGGGCGAGGCGCUUUGCGGGCACUGCGUGGGCUCCGGGGGCCACGCACCAGGGCUGGGCUUGUCUACCUCGGAGAGACGCCUGUGUUUUUGCCUUAGGGGCCGAGGGCUGCCCAGACGGAAGCGGCUUUCUCCAUCAGUGUGCCAACCCCUACCCGGCCGUCCAGCCAGCGUUUCAUGAGCUGCACGCGUUCAUUCUGUGUCCAAAACACGUUUCGCUCUUUCCGGAUUUGGCCUUGGCGGCUGUCUUUCCUUAUCCCCGAACUUUGGUAUAUUUUCUUCACGAGACAGAAAACGUUUCCUUCCGGGCAAGGAAACAUUUUCUACCUUUCCACGGGGCUGAGAUGCAGACACGUUUGGAUGCGUCUCAUUUCUGUCAUCUGAAAUUCUUUAUAGGAACCGAAAGGCCCCUCCGACAUUUCCCCCCACCCCCUGAAAUUUUAAUAAAUCUCUAAAAUGACAGA